AUGCUGUACCAUGUCGUUACACUGCUUUGUCAAAUCUAUUGCACUGGCCCUCUCCUCCGAGCCGUUCAAGAGAGCCGACUCUUUAGCGAUUCGAAGACUUUCGUUGAUAUGCCAUUGAAAGAGGAUCCGGUGAAAACCCUCAAAGAAUUCGCGCAACUCGGGCCGAAAGCCGCCGCCGAUCCGGUGAUUUUGGCUGGUUUUGUGAAUGCACAUUUUCGACCGCCCGGUCAAGAGUUAAUCGCUUGCCGUCCCGAUGAUUGGUCGGAUUUUCCGCUCUCCUUUUUACGAAUCAAAAACCAUGAGCAACGGCGUUGGGCUCUACACUUGCACAGAACGUGGCGCGAUUUGUGCAGAAGGGUACGCGAUGAAGUCCGACUUCAACCCGAAUUGAACUCUCUCCUCUAUGUUCCGUAUCCGUUCAUCAUUCCCGGUGGACGCUUUCGAGAGUUCUACUAUUGGGACACUUUCUGGAUCGUUCGUGGAUUGUUGGUGUCUGAAAUGCCGGUGACAGCGCAAGGAGUCAUCAGAAAUCUUGCGCACAUGGUCAAACAACAUGGUUUCGUCCCGAAUGGUGGCCGUGUCUACUACUUGACUCGUUCACAGCCACCUCUUCUUGCUCAUAUGGUCUACGAUUAUUUCCUGGCCACCGGGGAUAUUCAGUUUUUGAUUGAAAUGCUAGAUGUCCUCGAGAAAGAGUUCAACUUUUGGAUAAAACACAGAACACUGACAUUAAAAUUUGGAGUAGACACGCAUUCGGUCGGAGAUGAAAACGAGAAAAAUGAGAAGAAAGAAGAAGAGACUUUGGAAGUAUUCCAGUAUCGAGUGAAACAAUUGGUGCCACGACCGGAGAGCUAUCGAGAAGAUAUGCAUUUAGUGGAGGGAGUUGAGGACCCGGCGAAACGCGAAGAAAUUUGGUCCGACAUUGCAGCCGCCGCCGAAACGGGAUGGGAUUUCUCGACGAGGUGGCUUUCUCACAACGAGAGCUCGCGACACUUGCUGAAAACGAUUCGCACUCACCGCAUCAUUCCAGCCGAUCUGAAUGCUUUCAUGUGCGCAAACGCGAGAAUCCUGGCCUCAGUUUAUGAGAUUACAGGAGGUUUUUCCAAAGUUGCCGCUUACAAUCAACGGUAUCGAAGUCUGAAGCGAGCACUCGAGGUGUUACAUUGGAACGCGACCGAAGGAAUUUGGUUCGAUUAUGAUCUCGAUUUGAAGGGCCACUUCCCCAGCUACUACAUCUCGAACGCGAUCCCGUUGUGGACACGGUGUUUCGACGAUGAUGAUAUCCCGAAUAGAGUGCAUUCAUAUCUACAUCGAACCGGUGCUUUCAAUUUCACAAAAGGCUUGCCAACAUCGAUGAUGAUGCUAUCCGAACAGCAAUGGGAUAAGGAAAAUGCCUGGCCACCAAUGGUUCAUAUGGUGAUUGAGGGUUUCCGACUUACGGGUGAUGCGCGUUUGAUGAAGGAGGCGGCUCGUUUGGCUCGAGUAUGGUUAACAGCAUCCUAUCAAUCGUUCAUUCUCACACACGCCAUGUUCGAGAAGUACAACGUUUCCGCGUUUUCCGAUGCAUCCGGGGCGGGUUCGGGUGGUGAAUACGAGGUUCAGACGGGCUUCGGCUGGACAAACGGCGUGAUUCUCGAUCUUCUUGACAAGUUCGCCGAGCAUAAUGCGGGUUCGCCCAUCACUCGAAUCUCAAUAGUACUUUUUGUGACAUUAUUAUGGGUUUUCGUUCGUGUU